AUGGCUUUCAUAGAACAAGAGGCCAAUGAAAAGGCGGAAGAGAUCGACGCCAAGGCUGAGGAGGAAUUCAAUAUAGAAAAGGGUCGACUCAUAACUACAGGACUCAGUCAGAACAGUCACAUGCAAAACGGGGCGCGACUUAAGGUCUUGAAGUCUCGUGAGGAGCACAUCCGCAAUGUGUCCGAAGAAGCGCGACAUAAGCUCCUCGAAGUGACCAAAGAUCACAACUUGUAUCAGAAGGUUCUUCAGAAACUUAUCUCUCAGGGUUUGUUUCAACUCUUGGAGAAACAAGUGAUCAUUCGUUGUCGCCAACAAGACAUCCGUCUCGUGCAGAAUGUGUUGAGUUUAUCGGCUCAGGAGUACAAGGAGGCCACCGGUCGGGACGUGGACUUGAAGUUAGACAACGAUAACUUCAUUGCAUCGGACAGUUGUGGUGGAGUGGAACUGAUUACAAAUAAGGGCAAAACCAAAGUGACAAACACUCUGGAGAGUCGUCUGGAACUGAUUAGUCAGCAAUUGUUGCCUGAAAUGAGAACCGCUCUCUUCGGC